GUGGCUUUUGUUUCUGGUCGGUGGUGAGUGGUCUGAUUGACUGAAAGAGGGGUGGACGAAAACUGAAAAGUUGGAUUAUUGUGAUCUUGAUUUUCUGUGAUUAUCAAUUUGGUUAACGUAAAGUUGAUUUUAAGUAAAUAAAAUAGUUAUUAACAAAUAAGCUCGCGACUUGAUUUGACUAUUCUUCUGGAUUUAUUUUCAUUCGAUCGUUAACUGACAUGAUGCGACGUGGAAAUAAUAGGGGCCGCGGGGGCAAUUUCGGCGGCCCAGGGAAUCCCAGGGGCGGCGGCGGAGCCCGAGGCGGCGGGAAUGCCGACGGGCCUCUUUUAACGAACCAUUUACGUGACUUGGACAUGGAACUGGACCUACUUAAACGCAAAAGGGAAAUCUUUGAGCAGGAACAGAUCAUGUUGGAUAGAAUGGCCAACAACACCAGUAACUACUCGUCUGGCAACAGUACCCAAUAUCCCAGUAGUAGUAAUCAUUACCCGCCUAACACUAAUUACUCCAAUAAUUCUAAUAGGAGGCAGUAUGAUAACAAGCAACCCUUUAACACCUAUAACCAACAGGGCAGUUAUAAUCAACAGGGUGGUUAUAAUGAACAGGGCAGUUAUAACCAACAGGGCACCUAUAAUCAACAAGGCAGUGAAGAAUUUAAUUUCGCUAACGUUUCUUCUUCAUAUCAGCCUGGUCCUAGGCCUUCUAACUUUACUUCUAAGCCACAGGGCUUCAAACGUCAAGCUGGGCAAGUUUGGCAAAAUCCAAACCCCACUCCCCCCAAACGUUUCAAUGCGCCUCAGAGCAUUAAUCCCUCUCCGAAACGUUUCAAUGCGCCAAGCAUUAAUCCCUGGCAGAACCCAAACGCCAGGCAGGCAGAAUUUAGAGCCGUAAAUCAAAAUCCUCCACAACCCAAGAACUUCUCUGCCCAAACCAGGGCCCUUAUGGCACAAAAACCUGGCAUCGGCCAGCGAAUCAAGAACAAAUAUAAUCCGCCACCUGAACGUAAAAAUUUCAAGCCUAACAAAGUGUUCAAACCCAACCAAAAGCCUGUAGCAAAAGCCCCUGUCUACCGCCCGUCUGUUGAAACGAAAAAGUUGAUCGAGGAGACCAAUAAGUUAAUUGCGCAUACCAACAAGUUAGUCGGGCAAUCCGCUAAGCCCAAAGGGCGAAACCCUCCAUCACAAGCGCAAAACCCUUCUCCAAAAGUAACAAAUAAUCAACCAAGAUCGCAAAAUAAAUACACGAAGAAACUGUCGUUGGACCAGGAUAAUAUUCUUCGUCCCUACAGGCAGCCGUCUGUGCAAGUAAAAGGUCGGCUGGAGUUAGCUGUGGGCAUGAUCAUGAAAUCAAUCAAAGAGCUAUGCCCUGAUGAGGGAACCCUCGACUAUUUCAAUAUCCCCUUCAUGCAGCGUGUCAUUAAGCACACCCUGCGCGGACGCAUACGAGACGUCAUGAUGAACAAACCCGUCGUCAAUCUCAAGGACAUUGUCGAUAAAUACCGCGAGAAAUAUCCCCUAGUGACUGACCUUGAGCUGAUGAAAAUAGCCCAAGACGCGCAUGAAUAUAAUAACAACCAACGGGUUAAGCAUCUUAUCGAAGCAGAUAACCCAGAACAGUUUUUCAAGAAGAACAUAGGUAAAGUCCUGCAUAACAAAUUCUGCGACAUGUUUGAUGAUCUCCAGAAAUUGUAUGAGAAAAAAGAUACAAUCAAUGUUGAAGAGUUGGCCGAGAGUUUCCUUCCUGCUCCUAAAGAAAAUAAUAAUAAAGAUACACCCGAGGGUAAUGAAAAUGGAGUAAAAGAUUUAAGUGGAGAAAUUGAUACAAGUGGGGAAAAGGAUACCCAGGAAGAGAUGGAUUCUACUUGGGAAGGAGAUACAAGCGGAGUAGAAGAUAUAGAUGGGGAAAAAGUUACAGAUGGAGCCGAAAAUAAAGAUGGAACAGAAGAUGCAAAUAAAAUUACAAGUGAUGAAAAAGAACAAGACACAGAUGAUAAUGCUGUUGUGGAAAAAGACAAAUCUGAUAAAAAUACAGAACACACAGCAACCAGCAGCAAGGAUAUAAAAAGUAUUGAAUGUAAAUCUGAGAAGAGUAAGAAAUAUCUAGAAUUUAUGGAGAAACUUAUUGAACAGAAAUUGCCAUUAGCAUUGUGUAGAUUCAAAGAAGAAUUCUUGUAUAUCUUGUGUCUCGACAAAGAAUUUGUGAGGAUGAAAGCUUUGAUUGAUCUGGAGACGAAAUUGAAGUUGCGUAAAUCAGCGGAAAGCGUCAUAAUAUUAGAUGAUGAUGAGGAAACCAGGGCCAAAUCAAAUCCUGCAACUCCUACAAAGUCUGCAACAGCUGGGAAACCUGCAACACCAGCAGCCACAUCGAAACCCGCAGCAACAGCCUCAAAAUCAGCAGCACCAUCACCUUCAUCUGCAAAACCUGUGGUAGCUCCAACUACACCUGCUAAAUCUGCAGCAACAGCUGCAAAACCUGUGGCACCAUCAACUACGCCAAAACCUGUGGCACCAUCAACUACGCCAAAACCUGCAACUCCAACUCAAGCUGCAAAACCUGCAACACCAAAACCAGCAGCUUCAUCAACAGCUGCAAAACCUGCAACACCUGUGAAACCAGCAACCACAACUACAGCUGCAAAAUCUGCAACACCUGUGAAACCAGCAGCCACAGCUACACCUGUAAAACCUUCAACAGCUGCUGGAAAACCUGCAGCACCUCCCAAAGCAGAUGAGAAUAGUGGCCCUACCACACCUAAGACGCCAGCUUCUAAGAAUAUACAAUAUGUUAAGCUGAUUGGUCGUCCAGCAUUACCUGCCAGAGCUGUCAUCUACGAGUUCUUGAACCAGUUCAGCCCGACUUCAAUCAAGAAGCAUAAGAGCAUCAGCAACCUCCUGGUCAUAGGGUUUACUGAUAAGGAAGGAUUUGAUAAGAUUUUGACUGCUAACGAGUCUGUUGUCGGUGACGCUACAAUCACUAUAAAAGCGAGCGAGCAAGUAAGUACUCCAGUACAUAACAAAACACCUCAACAAGGAAAUAAAACCCCAGCUCAUAACAAAGAAAAUGAGCUAAAUAAGACAAAUGACCAAGAAAAUGACAAAAAUGAUGAAACACCUGCUCAAACAGAUCCAAACAAAGGUAUCACUCAAACUAAUGAAAACAUAUUGAACUCAUCAGCAGAUGAUAUAAUACCUAUAGACUUGGAUUCUCAAAUCUCUGAUUUACUCUCAUCGAUAAGAAAAGCUGACGAGGAAGAGAAAAAUGAUCCAAAUGUACCAGAUGAACCAAAAGAUGUAGAGGUAAUGGAUACCACAAAUAUUGAUGAAGUUGAUUUGACAAAGGAAGAAGAAACUGAUAAAAAUGAAAAGGAAGAAUCUGAUAACAAUAAAGAAACAGUUGAAGAAAUUGAAGAAGUUGAUGCCGAAGAAUCUACUACUGAGGAUAAAGGAGAUGAUGCAAAAGAAUCUACUACUGAAGAUAAAGAAGAUGAUGCAAAAGAAUCUAUUACUGAAGAUUCUAAUACAGUAACAAUAGAUUUAGACACAAUCAUGGAAGACGACGAAGAGACGACAAAAGCGGGAAACAUAAAAGCAAAAGCGGUUGAGGAAGUGGCUAAGACUGCAAAAGAAUCUGGUAGAGCUACGCCUACUAGAUCUUCCUCUCGCUUAGCUAAUGUUACUCCUAGUACUAUAAAAACUAGACGCGCAAGCAGAUUGGCAAAUAAUAAUUAAUAUGACCCUUUGUUAAAUACUGGUUAUUGUGCUGGUCUUGUGCAGUACAUCAGAAUUCAUCACAAUCGUUAAAAUGCCCUCAAAUAUAUAAUGGAGUUUUAGUAUCAGCAAUUAAAAUAUAAUUGUUAAUAAGACAUAAUUUUCAUUUUCAUGACUAGUAUUAAUAUUAAUUUUAUUUAAAAAAUAGCUUGUUAUUGACAAGUUCUUAUAUUUUACUGUCUUAUCCAGUACCUACCUUUAAUAAAUUAAAAUGUAAAAAUAUU